AUGGCCCACCACCGCCUCAAGUUCCGCAGACCAGCAGAUCCGCCCAGACGGAGCACACCCAAUACUUCGGCAACCAUGUCCCCAACCUGUUACCGCGCUGAGGCCCUCGAGGCCCUCCGGCCAGAACAGCUCGAGGAAUGGGUGGCAGGCGAGCUGAUGACGCAGGAUGCCAAGCCGUCUGAGCCCCUCCACACGCUCGAUGAGUUUCUCCAGGUUGCUGAGAUGGACUGCUCAACCCGCCUCUUCUACCUCUUGAACCGAACGGUGGUUUUGCGGGAAGAGCUCGCGAAACUGCACUCGGACUUCAUGGGGGUGGCGGGUGUCUACGUGCAGCUGAUGCGGCACAUGCCAGAGGAGACGCUCUGGGUCUGGCUGCUUGCCACCUCGGAGGAGCGCAUGACCGCGAAGGUGCAGACCUAUUUCUUUCGCAUCAUGGCACUGGCGGUGGACCAGCACCAUUGCCUAAAGGCCAUCGCACGCGACGCGGUGCUUCGCGGCGUGGAGGGCUGGAAGCAACUCCAUGUCGACUACCUGGCAUUGCAGUGGUACAGCUUUGCCUUCGGCACUUACAGCCUGCCGGACGUGACCGCCGAAGGAGGUGCUCCCCCAGGAUCGGUGGAGGAGAGCUUCGUGGCCGGCAGCUUCUGGAUCAGCAAAGUCUUUAGCUGGUUCGAGACUUAUGCGCGGGACCUCUACCAGGCCAUGCUCGAGCUGGAGGGCGCGGAGCUGUCGUCCAGCGAGGGCCCAGUGCGCCUACACCACCAGGAUGAGCAAGGCUCCUUCGUGACCUAUGAGUUCCUCCGGAGGAAGGUUUUUGGUCAGUGGGCCAUUGACAAGGGCCUCCUUCGUGGACUUCUGCGCCAUGUUUGGCAGCCCAGCUUUGAGGAAGCAACGGCCAUCGGCGACUUCGGUGCCGGCGGUGGUCACUACAGCAAGUGGCUUAACGAGACAGGUCUUGUGGAGGCCUUUGCUUUCGAUGGCACGCACCAGGCCGCUGAGCUCACGGAUGGCCUGGUGCAAGAAGUGAACCUUGUCCAGGACCUGACCUUGUGGCGUACCUUUGACUGGGUGUUGUGCCUGGAGGUCGGCGAGCACGUGCCGAAGCAGUACGCCCCGACGCUUCUUUCGAACCUGAAGCGACAUGCUCGGAAGGGCCUUGUGAUGUCCUGGUCCGACGACUGGGAGGGCAUUGGCCACGUCAACUGCCUCUCGCGACCGGAGUUCGUGGCCUUCGUCCAGGAGUCGACAGGCUUCGUCCUGGACGAAGCGGCCACAGAGGUCGUGCGCGCAGCUUGCGAAAUCGACUACAUCGCCAGGACUCUGGCGGUGUUCCGUGCAAGCUGA